AUGGCCGAAUCGUCACCGCUAAAAGCUACCCCUAAACGCAAGCGCGACGAUGUGCUCAAUGAGCGACGCGUUUUCAACCCUUCUCCAAAUACUUAUAGUCUGCCUAAGACCACCUUCUCUUUUCAAGCUCCGACCCUGAAACCAGUGGAGAAUCCUCGAGACUAUACUCCUGAAGAUGGUAACAGUAGUCCUCGAACCAAGGUUGCUCAGAAGUUCCAAGAACUGGCCCUUGGAAGUGGGGGCGGGGUAAUUGAUAACGACAGGGUCGAUGGCACUGAUUUUAUGGAAACGAGAACGGGGACGGGAUCAGACGAGGCUAGUCCCCAAUUUGCAAUUGAUAGCCCGAGGUUUUCGCCAGAGCUCACCGUCUUCGAUUUUGAUGGAGGUAUCAAAAGUAGCACGUCCGUCGAAGAUAUGCAGCUUGACGAUGACGAUACUGCGUCGCGUAAGCGUGUCAAGUUGCCUGACCUCACCGAACUCCAAAAUUCUCAUGAGGCAGGGUUGGGGGGAGAAGUAGACGUAACAAAUCCCGACUUCCCCCAGCCUACCCAGUCCCCUCGAUUUUCUUUGCAGACAGCCGUGGAUCCUGCUAUUUUGAGGACAGCAAAGACAGAAGGUUCAGGCCGCCUGCAGAAGUCGUAUCCGUCCAUCAACCGAUUAUCGGAAUCUAAGUCGCGUAUUCGAAAACGAUCGGGCACCCCUCCCUUAGCGAAACGUAAGACGACAGAAGCCCUGACCGAGGAGGAUCCUAUCAUCAUUGACCCCGUCCGUGCCGCGCUUACGUGGCAUGAGGAUGAAAUCACUAUAUAUGACCCUGAGGAUAAAGAUGAUGACGGUACCGGUAUCAAUGGUAUCGGCUUCAGGCCGACUCCUGCUUUAGCAUACGCGCGGGCGCAGAAACGAAGACAGCAAUUGGCCGAAUAUAGAAAACGCGAGGAGAGCGAAGCUAGAGCGAAGAGAAGUCAACGUCGUCGACAACGGAUUGGCAAUGUCGCGGAAUUAGAGAGGAAACAUUCCAUGGCACGAGUGCGUUUCUCGGAUGCAGAACCGACUACUGUAGUUACGACUUGA